AUCGUGAUUGGAUAACCUCUGUGAACUCGAAGUUGAAGGAAGCAGUGCACUGCAAGGGGAGCCCACAACUUAAAUCUAACUACCGUAAAAACACGUAUUAUUAUUAUUAUUAUUAUUAUUAUUAUUAUUAUUAUUAUUGAGCAGUUCACUUCUUUUUAAUGUGGUAUAUAUGUGCUUCCGUUCAGGAAGUAUUUAUUAGAGAUAACUUUGAAACUGCACCCGGACGUUUCUUGUUUCUCGCUAUGAGGGUUUUUUAGCUCAAGGAAAGUGAAACGUGCUACAUCAAAGAACGGAGGAUUCAUUAACGUAUCUAACAACAAAGUAAAUCACUAUUUUGUCUCAUGGACAUGGAAUGCUUCCAGGUUUUAAAGAAACGUUUUAUAUCAAAAUUCGGCACUUUAAUCUAAACCCGUCUUAUAGUCAGCUGCUGAGUUCAAACCAUGAAGGAUGAGGAGCCUGCGAACUAUCCCUGAUGCACAGCUCAAUGGAACUCAAGGAUACUUCUCAGAUUGGAUGGGUUCCUGGUGGCGGUCCCAUUAUUUAACCACAUGCUUUGCAAACAAGAAUGUUUGUAUUUCAUUUUGGCUUUGUUCUUCCUCGGCGUUACUAUGGGUAAUCGCGCAUUGUUUGCUGCUGUGUUUUCAGUGUAGAAGGAAAGACCGGAAGUCCGGCGACACCGCCUUCUGUGCAUUCUACUGUUUCCUUGGUAACAUGAGCGCUGCGCUUGGAGCUUUCCUGUCCCACCAGCUGACCCUACAGAUCUUCAUGGGAGUCUACAUGGCUGUUCUGGAUGUUUUUCAUUUCAUUCUUGUCAUCUUCCCUGUGUGUCCAUGGAGCUGGCAGUCAAAAUCUAGCAGAAAGAUAAGGCCCAUGAGGAGGAGGAGGAGGCAGAAAUUCUUCGCUGUGUCAAUACCCCUGGCAGUGGGGGCAGGGUAUGUCACCUGGUGCUCUCAGCACCCUCAAUAUACUGAUGAAGUUCACACAGGACGUCACCUCCUCAACACCCUUCUCCAGGAUAACACUGAAAUCCUAGGGUAUGCUCUAGGACUCAUGUCUUUUAUCAUCUGCUUGUCAUCCAAGUUCCCUCAUAUUUCCAGAGCAUACCGAGGGAAGAUGACUUCCACAGUACUGAUAUCUACUAGAGGCGUGUGCAUCUUGGCCAGUGUCUCCUAUGCUCUAGCCAUUGUGUUUCAUGAUAUGCAGCUGAAGUCUGCCCUUAAAGCAUUGCCGUGGUUACUGACUUCUGUGGGCUCUGCGGUCUUUGACAGCGUUAUUAUCCUGAUAUCCUGCCUUAAAAAGCACAAAGAGGCCAAGCUGACCCUGCAACCCCAGCACUUGGACUCACCUGAAACAGAAACACUUCUGGGGUACCCUGCUUCACACCUGACCUACAGCACUAAAGAGAGACCACGCAGGAACAAAACUCAUUCCGACUGGGUUCCUCUCAAAAUUCGUCCUACUAACCGAACCCACCAUAAGAUGGCUGAAAUAGGACGGUAUAUGGAUGUGAACAUAAAACCUGUGCAAGAGGUGAAUUUCAAAGGCCUACCCCUCUCCAUAGAGAACCCAACAGAAACUCUCUCGGCAGAGAGCUCCUGUGACACCAAUCCCCCAGCUCCCCCUCCUCUGAAAGUCAUCUGCGCUGAUGUCACAUGCUCCUCGGACAGCUCCACGGACACAUCCAUGAGCUCAAGCCUUGAGUGGGACUUUGAAGAUACGAAGAGGCAGUGGAGCAAAGCCGAUAAGCAACAGAAAAACACAGAAGCCUUCCCACUCCAGGACUGGACAGCUCUCCCCAUUUCAAUGCCUGCCAGCCAAUCUGAAUCGGACUGCUGGUUCUACGACAGUGACAUCACAAUGGCCGAUGAGGGAGCCCCUACCCUUUUGGCUGACUAUGGGAAAGAGAGGCAAGCAAUGACCAACUAACACAUGACUGUUAAUGACACAUUCAAAUAAAGAACACUCCCACUGGUAUGAAGGAAGAGGAAAGUGUACUUCCUGUUUUUACAUGUGGUGGUAGGGGUAGCAUCUAGCCGGCAUUCUAGAAUCCAGUUGCAGUCCAGUGAUUUUUUUUCAUUUUAUUUUAUAAGAACAUCAUGAUCACUAUUCUCUUAUUAUUUGAGAAGUUUUGUUUAAAUCCAUUAUAUGAGUAUUCCCUCAAGGUUUUUCCUCUGUAAUCUUUGAAUUUCAGUACAAGUAUUGUGGGAUGUACUCAGAUGUGUGUACAUUAUAUGUGUGUAAAUUAUUUGUAUGGCUGAUAAUAUGAGUCUUUAUAUGUAUUUUUUUUUCAAAAAUUCCCCUGGACUGAAAAGCUUAACAAAAGAAAAAAUAGAUGAUGAAUCCAGUUGGAGACAUUUUACAAUCUCUUACGCUCAUGUGGUAAAUACAGAAACUGUCCAUUUUCUAGCUAGUUAUGCUAGUGGCAACAGACACUUGCUACCCGAAGUUCAUUGUUUUUCCUUGCCAGUAAUAGUUUGAUUUAAUAAAGCUUUGUUUGGUUGCUAAAAUAUCUGCUCUUCUUUUAAGAAGCAGCUUUGAUAAGGGUAAAUUAAUAAACAGCCAAAUAUUAAAUUUCUUUAAGGUAGAGGGUAGUACUGUAGAUUGCUCCUACAGCAAUGCAGGAAAUUGAGCCUGAACAGAAUAGGUAAAGUAGAUUGCCUCUGAAUAUCACUGUAUUGAUUUUUAUUGUUCAUUAUGUUGCUGGUAUCUGUGAAAGAGAUUUAGAACAUAAACCCCCCAAAGCAGAACAAACCACCUCGCCUGUUUUCCAGUGUUUUCAGUUGUAGCUUACUUAGAAUGCAAUAUUUAAGUAAUGAUAUCUGAAAUCGAAGAACCGCUUUCCUACCAUUGAGUACACCAAGAUGUGUCAACCGCCCUGUUAUGAACUAUGUAAAGUUCUUCCUUGCUGCCCAUAAAGAUGUUUAUGUAAAUGUCCUGACUGUCAGCUGAUAAAUGAUUCAGGGAAUCCUAGCAUAUUUGUUGGAAACAUAUAUCAUUGCUGUGGGAUAAAAACCAUUUGUGAAAUGGCGAUCACAAGAUCAGUACAAGAUUUGAAUAUGACAUUUUAGUAUUAACUUGUGGAUUGGAUGUUUGGGUACAAAAAAUUGAUUGCAGCAUUUUUUGUAAAGUGCUGUUUUUCUGUGGUCUAAAUUCACAAUAAAGAUAAACUUAACCUUGAAAAAAAGUCUUUGUCCUUCUGUUGGAUGUAGAUCAGAUUGGUGUUUGAGAGCACUUUAAAAGUGAGCCUCACUC